CUGCUCAAAUAGUAAUUACAGUUAUAAGUCUAUAUAGUAGACACUUGCGCUUCAAGACUACAGUCAUUCGUUUUCGACUAUCGGCAAAUAUGUUACGUAUUUUAACUUUGGUUCUCUUCCUACACCUGUUUUCUGUCACAACGUCAUCGGAAGUAUUGUCAUACGCAAGAGUAUCGAAGAACGGACAGUUAGCAAGAAGUUCUCACGAUUCUUUCUCGUGGAUCACUAGGCUAUCAAUGAAAAACACUACGAGCGUGGAGGAUGAAAAUAAAGAAAGAAGUAUAAACAAUGUCGUUAUCACAGUAUCACCUGUUUACGUACCACCCAGGACCCCAAAAUUAAAGAAAGGAGAAGCGAUCGAUUAUUCAAUCACUCCAAAAUAUUCCACAUUGGAUAAUGACAUGAUAGCUAAGCUAGACGCUACAGGCAAAAAAUUAAUUCAAAAUCGGUUUCAUCCACCUGUUAAUUUCGAGCAUAACGUCGCGCAUACAAACGGAAAACCGCAGAAAGGAACGUUAAAUACAGAAAGCUCCUUAAAUUUAAAUUCAUCUACUUUUCUUGGUCCAAUCUUCUCUGCUAUGUACGAAUACAAUCCGAAUACAGAAUUUCUCGAUGAUGAAUCACUGGUACCCAAACCAAUGAUUAGCAAAUAUCCAUCUACGGAUGAUAAAAAGAUCCUGGAUUCUUAUAAAUCACCACCGAAUAAAUAUCAUCCCGGGCAUGAAGCGGAUUAUCUUAGUUACGACAUUGCUCCUUCAUAUGAAAAUGGCGAACUUGGAUCAAAGCCCGCGAAAUUUGUCAACUAUUAUGAUCAUUCGCCUUCAUUUAUGGAGACGGAACAAGAUAUUCCAUAUGAACACGAUUUUCAUCACGAUAUAAUAUACGAUAACGUACCUGAAUAUCAUCAUCACGAAACCACAACGGAGGAGCCGGAAAUGAAUGAUGAGCGACUCGACAAAAGACCAUACUCGUAUUACUUUAUAGGAAAAAAGCUUUGGUAUAUACCUUUAUACUUUAGCAUUUAUUUUAUCAUAUAUAUAGCCGCUCUCGUAUUGAAAAGCAUCGCUAGGCAUAAGAUCAACUUCCCGGCUCAUCUAGCAGAAGCUGUAAAUCAUAAAAGAAGCGAUUCGAGUGAAGGAUGGUGGUCAUUUACUGAAAAAAUACUUGAAGGAUUGGAACAAUUCGCUGAAACAUAAAAAUUCGAAAGAUUGAUAAUAUUAUUUUAACGAUAAAUUAUCAAUGAGGAAAUUUCGAAAAAGAAUCAAUGCAUGUGUAAAUAAUUAUUUCCUUUUUCUUUAAAAAAAAAAAUAGAAAAAAAAUUGCUUUUGUAAUUCUAUCGAGUAAAACCAAUUGAUAUAGAAAUUAAUUUAUAAAACGUAGAAUAUGUCGU